CGUGCUGAAAAACGUGCGGCUUCGAAGUGCUUUACGGCUCCCAUGCCGCUGUGUCUCCGUCGUCCUUGCGGCAUGUUAACAGCGUAAAAGUAGCUGGUAUGUCGUGCUCAGUAGAUCUACUCCUCUGACGUCUGCCGAAUAUUGGGGGAGUGAAAGACUAAGCUAUGUCUUUCCCAUUCCCAAAGGUCACCGUCCUUGUUCAGAAAUACAGAACUGGACUACUUAUAGCCGGAUGCGGAGCGGUGUUCUCCGCCAAUAUAUUAUAUCACGCGUUUCCUGAAAAUGCUUUCAAAAAAGUGUACCAGGCCUGGAGCAAAGGGGAACCCACAGAUCUUUCUGAAAAACUGCAGAAUACCUUUCAGCAGGUGCUGAAAGAUCUUGGGGUCAGCUCCCCCAAGAAAUACAAUGCCUUCGCUGCCUUCGGCUUUCAGCCAGUGGGGGCCGGGGUGCCCUGGAUGCCAUCGGGAGCUCAGAUCGGCAUCCCUGCCAAUUUCAACAGCACCCUGGAUGACUUCACUGGCAUUACGAACCGGGUCAUCCUCAUCAAUGGGAAGGAAGUGGAAUGGGACAGCAACUCUGGCACUGCCCUGAAAGAUGCCCUGUUGUUCUCCUCGCAAGCGCAGAAGUUUGCGGUGGCCCGGGAGGUGGCUCGGCUGGAGAACGGCGGUCCGCUUCUCAAUGCCACGGUGGCUCCUGCUUGCCUGGCUGGCGUGUGUGUCUACGGCGUGGCGCUGAAGCAGAUCUUUAACCUAUACAGCGGGCCAGCACUGCUGCGCGGCGUGGUCAACGUGUUUGCGCUGGGCCUGGGCGCCGUCUCCUACCUGCUCACCACCGACGCCGUCAACCAGUGGCUGGACUACAGCUCAGACCGGAAAGCCGCCAGCAUCUCCCAGGACUAUGCCAAGGGAGGGGUGGAGUUCUACGACAAAAUCAUUUCCCGCAACAAAACCCUGCGUGCACUGAUGGGCCAAAAAGGGGAGGAGAUGUAUGCACCGAGCGGCAACCUGUUCCCCACCAGCAUAUUCCGUAUGAAACACGCCCCUUACACCUCCAGGAGGGAGGGCAUUGCCAGCCUUCUGAAGGAGAAGGCUUAGGAGGUACUCUGAUAUACUGUGUGCUGUCUGUCAGAGAGGCAGGCCUGCAUUGUUCGAUUGGGCAGUUUAGGGUUUAUAGUUAUUUAUGAAAUGUACUGCAUGUAAUAUUUCAUACUGUUCUUCUGAUCUCAAAAUGCUUUACAUAUAGAAGGGAGCUCAGGGCACCGUCCAGAGGCUGGAAAGUGUGUGUUCACCUGGCAGGAACCGUAGCUGGUGCAGUUACAGCAAGAACUUGACCCUGGAAAUAUAAAUAUAGCUGUGGCACUGUGGGUAAAAUAUGACCAUUCUGGUCUGCCCAGCUCUGUUUUUUAAAGGUCUCUGUGGUGGAGUGAAUUUCAAUGCCGCGGUGAUAACUUGUUCUUAUUUGACAGAGUGGGGAUGUGUUGUGGCUCAUCAAUAACACGGCUGAUGUUUUGAUGUUAUAAGGGAUAGGCUCUGUCCUCGUCCUUGAAUGUGGGCUGCUUGUCUCUCUUUGUCAUUGGUCCGUGAGUGUGUGGACCACACGUCCUUGUGGGGUUCUUGAGUAUGUCAUCUGUAUGGCUGUGUGAGUUGCACACAGCAAUGUAAAUUAAAGCAGAACGACAUUUGACAAAGCACCCAAAUGAACAAAAUAAACUUGAUUUUUUAAAUAUU